CCAGUAAUCGAACCCGCAUCUUUAUGGAUCCUAGUUGGGUUCGUUACUGCUGAGCCAUGACGGGAAUUCCUGUUUGGUCAUUUUUAAUAACUUCCUCUAGACUCCAUGUAAAAGAAGCCAUUAGUAUAAAUAUUUUCCGUGAAAUAAAAUGGGAAAACAGUCAAGUGAUUUACCCAUAUAGCUGAUUAGACCUAGGCCACGGGCCCAGUUCGCGUGAGUCAUUGACUAAUACUUUCCUAACAGUACCUUUUUAUGAUGGAAGCAUAAGGCUUCAUCACAACAGUUUACAUAAAUAUGCAGUAAAACCCCGAACUUCAGGUAAGUGGCAAAUGCUGCCAGGUACCAGAAUGAAAGUCUGCUAGGAGGCCCAGUCCUCCCACAUAUCCUCGGAGCACUCUCACCCAGCACAGUGAGCUGCCCUUGGUUUAUGUCCCAGACAGCACACCCUUGACCCAGAGAGCUUGGAGACUUUGGUUUACUCAGGACUUUAAGAUAUGUACUCAUGUCCCUUUUAAAUUAAUAAUUGUUAUUUUCUCUGCCUGACAGAUUAAUUACACAGAAAAAUGUGCAAAUUGUGCAAAACUGCGGGAAAAUGCUGCUAAUUUUGCCAAAGAAUGCGCCUGCUCUAUUCCUUUUUACCUUUCAGAGGCAAUGAGGGGUAAUGUUUAUAUGUACUAUAAAUUGUAUGGCUUCUAUCAGAACCUCUAUCGGUAUAUUUUAUCCAGAAGUAAUAGCCAACUGGUGGGUACAGAUAUAAAGGAUGUUACAAACUGUUCUCCAUUCAAAAAUUCCCCAAAUGGGACCCCCAUCGCUCCUUGUGGUGCUAUUGCCAACAGCAUAUUCAAUGACACCAUUAUUCUUUCAUACAAUCUUAAUUCAUCUAUACAUAUUAAAGUCCCAAUGCUAAGGAGUGGGAUUACAUGGUGGACAGACAAGUAUGUCAAGUUUCAGAAUCCAAGUUCCCACAAUCUUUCUAGUGCAUUUGCAGGAACCACGAAGCCCCCGUACUGGCCUAAGCCUGCCUAUGAACUGGAUGAAGAGGACCCAGGAAACAAUGGCUUCAUCAAUGAUGAUUUCAUCGUGUGGAUGCGGACAGCUGCCUUUCCCACUUUCAAAAAACUAUACCGCCGACUCCAUCGAGUACAGCAUUUUACUGAAGGAUUGCCUGCUGGUAGUUAUAGUUUCAACAUAACCUACAGUAUCCUUUUAUUCCAGUUUUCUUUGUGGGGGUCAAGGAAAAGUAUGUCCGUCUGAGUACUAGUAGUUGUUGAAUUAUUUCAUGCUGUACUUUUCUAUUCUCGAAAUCUAUAUAUAUAUGUAAAAGAAAUCUAAAUAUAUGUAAACAUAUAUUUAUCUUGUAGGCAAUGCUGUCACCUCAUCACCAUAUAGCUGUUUGUCUCCACUUUAUAUACAAUUAAAUGUGUACUUUUUUUUUUUUUAAGAAUAACAGUCAAUAGCAAUAUCUGCUGAGUAGGUCUGAAUAAGUAGGGAAGGACUCUUUCUGUUCCAGAAGAAAGAUUAAAUAACACUGAGCCUAAAACAGUGAAGAGAAGCCUGCUGCAUAGGACAGGAUGAAAUAGAGGACCUUGGAAAUAGAGGUUUACUAGGAAGUAAAUUUGGAAUGUGAACUAAAAACAAUGAAAACUGAGAGGAACUAUAGAACAUUUUGUUCUAGACAAAAGUAUCCUACACAAGGAGCCCUGGAUUCAGGGGGCAGCGUGGGUUUAUCCAGUCCAGGUGAGCCAUGCUAAGAGCUCUGUGCUGAGAAUGAGGUGUUAUUCUCUGCUAGGUACAAGGCCAGCCAGCAGGAGCCAGUGCCUUGGUUGUGGACAUACGGUCUACAUUAGGAGACAUGCUUUGAUAUGAAAUUCUGAAUGUUUUCACUUAAUAUAAAAAUACAAAUGUAACUCUUGACUUAAGAACAAAAAGGACUUAACUUCAAAGUGACAUCAAACACUAUCUUUAAAAAAUUAAUAUAUAUUUAAAUAUAAUUUACACUAACUCUGGUCUUCAGAUGUAGUUUUCAAGUCCCUUCUCUUUCUCCCUGAGGCAGAAUUCUCUCGGAGGCAGACUUUUUCCAGGACUUGUAUACAGCUUUGAGAUGUCAGCACGAUUAGGCAUCAGCAUGUUACCAUCUCAGGACUACUGGCUGGGAGUCUUUCAUGGGACACCAGGCCAGAGGAUCUUAACACCAAACUGUCUACCUCCUUCAUUUCUUUACCUCUCAGGGAGCUUGAAUGAAAGAUUCUUGGGGUCAGUGCAUGACGGCAUGUGUUCCAGUCCCCUAUUCUCUUUUCUCCUAGAGCAGAGCUCAGACAUCUCCACUCUGAGGGGCGAGUGGGGACGUUCCUCAGAGGCAUGGAGAGAUCCCCCACUUAUAUGAUACAAUCUCUACUUCUCAGCUUGUUGUCUCCUUUCAUUUACUGACCAGGAAUACAGUUUGCCUUCAGCCAUUCCUUUAGCACUAGUUCAGUGCUUUAGUCUCUAGUUCUAGCCUAUGAAAAGGAAAGCCAGAAAUUGCUCUCUCUUAUACAGCAUUGUAUGUGUAGAUCAAAGAGUAAACCACAUAAAUUACAUUUUAAACAGGAUUUCAGCAACCCUCUCUCUCCCACCAGAAAAUGUGAGAUUGAAAUUAGCUUGGCAACAGUCUCUUAAAUUGGAUCUUCUGUUCCCAUCAACUUUGUCUGUGAUUGCCCUACCAGUAAAGCAGUCAGAGUUGCAGUUAAGGUACAGGAAAAAAAACAAACACGUACUAUUUCCCUCACAAUUCACUAAAGUGAGUUUGUGGUUGAGGGGAAGAGGAAGGGAGUCCACAUUCCAAACAAAGGAGACACCGUUCCUCCACUUGAAGCAUGCAUUCUCUCCUUGGGCAUCUUCAUUUACAGUCAUGUUUGAAUGCUGAUGGCUCUCAAAUCUAAAUCUUUGGCACAGAACCUCAAUCCUGAGCUUGUGUCCUAUGCUUGUACCAUCUGUGUUGAACCCUAGUGUGAGUAUUACCUAUCUACCCUCAUAGCCUGACUACUGUGUAAGGAGAACUAAGCCUGAGCUGCAGAAAAUGCCUACCACUACUAAGAGAGAAAAGACACUGUGUAGGAGAAAAAUACCCUCUUAAUGAAACUGAGGGAGGGAGAAAAUAGGCAGAUGAGCUGAGAUGACACCCAAGGACCUGGUGACAAUGAAGAAUUUUGAUGGAAAAGAAAGAGCGAACUAGCUUCCUAACAAGUUUCUUUGUGCCUUUAAAUAGCAUGUUGCCAAGUGAUUUGAGGCCUUUUAAGAGCUUUGCUGGGAAAUGCCGUUGCUAUGAGAAGCCUUUAUUUGUUUAUUAGUUUGGUUUACAAAGGCACCAGAUGUUUAAAAACCUCAGGCCACAUGCAUAAUCAAAAUGACAUCAUUCAAAUGCUAACGAUAGCAAACCCACUUCAAACACUUUCUCCCCAGCAGUGAGGGAUCCUGGACUUUUCAAAACCCAAAUAAAUGCACCACCUUUAAUUUUCCCACCAAAAAUGUUUUGCCAUCUAUCUCAUUAUUUUCUUUGCUCUUCACUCUUGAGGAACUUUCCCUGAGAUAGGAAUUCAAAGCUUACCUAUAAAGGAUAGCCUGUCCUGGUAUCCUGAUCCAUAAACACAGAUUUAGGUUUGCUGCAACACCUGUCUGUAUUCUCUUCAUUUCCUUGAGUUUGCUGAAGGAAAUUAACUAUAUUUGUUCAUUAUUGAGUUAUCUGUAAGUCAUUUAGAUCUACCUUUGUCUGAAUUUCUUUCAGAGAAUAUAACUAUGUAGGGAGAAGACUUGUUUUUACUUAAUUUCAUUCCUGCAAGAUACAGCAUACUGUUUGGUAAAGAUUAGACUAUAUGAAAUUGCAUAUUCAACCUUUUUUUUUUUUACCUACAAAAACAGCACUAUUAUAUGGUUCACCACAAUGUGUAUUUAGGAUAUGUGGAGGUAGAGCGAGAAGUGCUGAUACAGAUCCAUGGAGUUCCCAUCGUGGUGCAGUGGUUAGCGAAUCUGACUAGAAACAGAUCCUUAACAGGUUUUCUUUUCUUAGAUUUUCCAGUAAGCAGGUUCCAAGGAGAAAAAUCAGUUGUUCUUUCCACCCUGACAUGGAGUGGAGGCAGUAGCCUUUUCUUAGGUCUAGCCUACGUGGUGACAGGAGCUGUGACAUGGUUGGCUUUCUUUUCCAUGAUGGCAAUUCACUUGAGGCUGAAAGAAAGGAAAGGGUUCUUCCUCCAGUAGUAAAGUCAAGCUUUGAAAAGAAAAGACAGAAAUGGACUGUGAAGUAAUGGAGCCAAAGAUCUCCAACAAGACUCAAAAUGACUGGGCUAUUUCACCAGAAGGAACUGGAUUAACUGACCAGUUAAUAAUGAGAGUUUCAGAGUGAGGAAGAAAAAGAAGAGGAGGAGAAGGCAUAAUUAAGUAUAGUAAAAUGUCCUUGGAAUGGGGAAGGUAAAUCAUUCUUGAGCUCUAAACCAAGUCUCAGGUGUUUAUUUGACACCCUUGUGCCUAAAAGUAAGUGAAUGCCUAGCAGGGUGGCAUCACCAGACAAGAGUAAGUAAGUCCGGGGCCCCAAGAUUAGGUGAAUCCUUUUAACCAUCAAUCAGGCUCAGACCAUGAUGAGUCUUCGUCAGCUGGCUAAAAUUACAGACUUCCCAGCAACAAUUGUUGAACACUGAAUUGAGCAAUCAGUAUGAUUUUUGAAAACUCUUCUCUCCUUCCAUGGAGCCAGAAUGAAGCUUUCUCUACAAAGAAUACACUAAGCAAAGGUUUUGGCAGUGCCCUGAGCACCCAAAAUACAUCGGUACACCAAAAAGAAAGUCCAGGAAUUUCUUAAAGUUACCCAUAUAGCCAAGAGGAAGGCACUUAAAGUGACCAAUUCUCUCAAAAACUGUACUCAACAUUUGAAGGCACAACACAGUUCUAAAACUUAUACUGGGAUGACAUAUUCUAGGAUGCAGAUGGUAACCUGGGUUUGCGACACUUGAAUUAUAUGUGCUGAGGGAGCUUCUUAGAGUCCAUCUUAAAAGAUCUGAAUUCCUACUGAAGUUCAUGUACAGGUGACCCUUGAACAACGCAAGUGUUAUUGGCACCACCCCCUAUGUAGUCGAGAAUCCACCUGUAACUUUACAGUUGGCCCUUAGAAUCUGUGGUUUUGCAUUCACGAAUUCAACCAGCUGUGGAUCAUGUAGUACUGUAGUAAGUGUUUACUGAAAAAAAUCCAUGCAUGAGUAGACACGUGCAGUUCAGACCUGUGUUCAAAGGUCAGCUGCACUUGGUAAAGCUGCCAGGGGAGAGACUCCAUAGAUCUGUGUGCCUAGAUAACCAGAAUAUUAUACUUCGAAAAAUGUAUUUAUAUUUUGAGGUGGGAGAAGUUUUACUCUAUGAUGAUUCUAAGAGCAGAAUUUUCAUUGUUAAAGGAAAACAUGGUACCAACACAUACUUGUCUCUUUAGCAGCCAAGAAAGCACUUCUUUGUUGCAACUUUCUACAUUCACCAAAUAGUUGAGUACUUUUCCAAAAAAAACAAAAAUGGUUUCAGGUACGAAAUCUGAAAUCUUGGAAUCCUUCCCCAUCUCACCUUCCCUGUGUAACCAGUGACCUCCAGUGACCAGGUGUGGUAAGCUGAAUAACAUCCCACCCCUAACUCCAAAGACAACCAUGUCCUAAUCCUUGAGCUGUGAAUGUUACUUUAUAUGCUUCAUAUGUCAGACUUUGAAGAUAUGAUUAAGCUAACGAUACUGAUAUGGGAAGAUUAUCCUGGAUUAUCUGGAUGGGCUCAAUGUAAUCAUAAGGGUCCUUGUAAAAGAGCGGCAGGAGAUGACAAGAGUGGGGCAAGAUGUGGCGAUGUAAGCAAAAGGUUGGAGUGUUAUAAAGGAGGGGCUGUGACCUUAAGAAUAAGGCAGCCUCUAGAAGCCGAAAAAAGCAAGAUAUAGAUCCUCCCCUGAACCCUCUAGAAGUCCUGCCUACACCUUGAUUUGGGAGUUCUGACUUCUAGAACUGGAAGAAAGUUAAUUUUUUGUUUUUAGCACUGAGUGUGGUAAUUUGUUACAGUAGCAAUAGAAAACUGAUAUACUACUGGCUGGAGUCCUCUAGUCAUCUGAACAAUUGUUUCUCCAGCUUAGGUGACCAAUCCAGGACAAAGAGCUAGAAAGGAACAGACCUCACCAGUGACUUCAGAUCCUGGGAACCAAAUCCAGUGACUUCAGAUCCUGGGCUCCCACCCCUUUAGUCCACACUCCUUAGUUAUUGUGCUGAUUGGAAAAAAGCAUGGAUACAUUUGUUGUAUCUCAACCUUCUUGGUCAGCUUGUAAGAUGUUGUAUUAGUCAAGGUUCUCCAGAAUCAAAAGGAAAAUGUGUGUGUGUGUGUGUGUGUGUGUGUGUGUGCGCGCACACAUGCGCAUGCAUGCACACCUAUGUGUGUGUGUAAAGAGAUUCAUUUUCAGGAAUUGGCUCAGGAUUCUGGAGGCUUAGCAAGUACAGAAUCCAAUGGGGGAGUCUAGCAGGCUGGAUGCUCAGGAAAGAGUUGCAUUUCAAUCCAAAAGGCAGUCUGCUGGAGCAACAGGAAGAAUUGAUGUUGCAGAUGGAACCUGAAGUCUGUCAGCUGGAGAAUUCCCUCUUGUGUAGGGGAAGUUAGUGCUUCAUUCUAGUCAGGCUUUCCAUUGAAUGCAUGAGACCCACUCACGUUAUGGAGGGGGUCUGUUUUCUUAGUCUACUAAUUUAAGUGUAAAUCUCAUCCAGAAACGGCUUUACAGAAACAUCCAGAAUAAUGUUUGACCAAAUAUUUGGGCACCCAAGGCCCAGUCAAGUCUACCUAUAAAAUUAACCAUAACAGGAGGCAUAUGCAUUCAGCAAUUAGUUGAGAUAUUAAAAAAAAAAGUACUCAACUUUGCACUAGAGUUGAUUCAGUGGAAAGAUUGUAUGUAAAGCAUAAGUCUGUCCACACAAGAAACUAAACUACUCAAAAAUAAGUGACUGGAAUUUAUGACAGAAUAGAGGUGUAGUUCCUUUUUUCUGCUUCUCCACAAAUUAUCAAGCCUAAAGUGCUUUGUCUCUGUAGGACUCUUUCUAACCCUGCUAUAGAAGCUGGGAGCCAUCUUUCUUAUCCUCGUUAGGGGAAGAGCCUCAUCAUUCACAAUUAACUCCUCACCCACAAUGGGGAGCUUACCUGCUCUGGCUUUCUACCUCUUUGAUUCUUUCUCUUCCCUUUCCCAUUGUCUUGCUCUUAUCCUCUUCAUCUACUUUUCUAAAUCUUCAUCCUUGUGCUUUUGUGAAUUGAUUGGUGAAGUCUUGGAAAAACUAACCUUUCUUUCUUUCUCUAACUCCUGACAACAAUUCUGGAAUGAGAAAAAGUGAGCAUGAGAUCAAGAGAGUCAACAAAAAUGUGAAUAAAUGAGAACUUGUGUGUGUUUGAGCAUUUGGGUGAGUGUAUGACUGUAUGAUUGUGUGUGUGACUAUUUAGAAAUCACUGGGGUUUUGAGGUGAUUUUAUUUAGGCAUAUAUGCUAAGUACAUGGGCAGAGGCAGCAGGCAUAAAAUUGGAUAGGCUGAGGAGUUCCUGUCAUGGCUCAGUGGUAAUGAACCCAACCAGUAUCCGUGAGGAUGUGGGUUCGAUCCCUGCCUCGCUC